UAAUAUUUGACACCUUCUUUCUAUCAAUGGAAACUCAACUCUUUCAAACGAACACCAACUCCAGAUUUAAACGAAUUUGUGUCUUCUGCGGCAGCAGCCCCGGCAAGAACCCUUGCUAUCAACUUGCUGCUCUUCAACUAGCCCAACAACUCGUGGAAAGGAACAUCGACUUGGUUUAUGGAGGAGGGAGCAUCGGCCUUAUGGGUUUAGUCUCUCAAGCCGUCCAUGAUGGUGGUUGCCACGUCUUAGGUGUGAUUCCAAAGACACUCAUGUUAAGAGAGCUGACCGGAGAAACGGUGGGAGAAGUAAAGCCUGUAUCCAGCAUGCACCAACGUAAAGCUGAAAUGGCCAAACAAGCUGACGCAUUCAUUGCCUUACCAGGUGGGUAUGGCACUCUAGAGGAGCUACUGGAAGUAAUCGCUUGGGCUCAACUUGGAAUCCACGAAAAACCCGUGGGGCUGUUGAACGUUGACGGCUAUUACAACGCCCUUCUCUCUUUCAUAGACAAAGCAGUGGCUGAAGGUUUUAUUACACCAGCUGCCCGUAACAUUAUUGUUUCUGCCCAGACUGCCCAAGAACUCAUGUUCAAGCUUGAGGAUUACAAGCCCAAGCACUGUGGAGUUGAAGGCUGGGUAUGAUGGGACAAUGGAGAAACAAAUGGGUCUCAAAUUUAAAAUCAGAUAUUGCCCCUUGACUUAGUUUCAUUAUUAUUUUGGACCAGAAUAAGAAAAUAAUUAAAAAUUAGACAACAAUUUUAUGUCUGUUUGUGUUUUGAGCUUGUGCCAUCACAGUUUGUUUCUAGUUCGCUGUGUUGAUCAUAUCAAGCCUCUCCAUUUUAACUUGUAAAUGUGUCUCCUUAGAUGGCGGAACUGAAUCUUAUAAUUGAUGGGAAUUAGUUAUCCUUCUUCAAUGCUCCUAUUGAAGUUUGAUAGAGCA